AACGACGAAGAAAUGGGAAAACGAAAGAGGCAAGAGAUUGAGGAGCAUGCAGAGGCUGAGCUGACUGAGAUCGGCGGUACCAUCCUUCAGCACACCGAAGCAACCUUUCCACCGUCUCUCUUGAAGUACUGGCACCAACGGUACCGGUACUUCUCCCGCUUUGAUGAAGGUAUUUGGAUGGACGAUGACGGUUGGUUCUCAGUCACCCCCGAGAAUAUCGCUUGGCAAAUCGCAGAGCACACCAAACAAACAUAUCAUGCACGAGUGAUAGUCGACGCCUUCUGUGGCGUCGGCGGGAACACUAUACAAUUUGCACAGACCUGCGACAAGGUGAUUGCUAUCGACAAUAAUCCCGGCCGCCUGGCCUGUGCAAAGCACAACGCCGAAAUAUAUGGAGUGCAAGAUAAGAUCGAGUUCAUUGAAGGUGAUUUCCUUACGUUGGCCGAACAAGGGCUAAUAGAGGCGGAUGCAGUGUUCAUGAGCAUGCCUUGGGGCGGUAUCAGUUACGGCGAGGCGCCUGUUUUCGAUAUCUGCACUAUGGAGCCCUAUAAUGCACCAGAUCUCAUGCAAGCAGCAAACAAGGUGAGCAGGAACGUCAUCCUUUACCUGCCGAGAACGUCCAGUCCAGAACAAAUCGCAAGUUUGGCCAAGUCAAAUGAGCCCGUUGAGAUGCAUUAUCUGUAUACGUCAGGGAGAGCAAAAGCACUGACAGCAUAUUUUGGUGGUGUAUUGGUCGAUCGAUUAUGAGGAACGGCAGCGGCUGAGCGAACG